AUAUAUCUGAGGAAGAGAUUGUGUUUGUGUGAGUGAUUGUUCAACACAGUGAGUGCUGUUCCUAUAUGUGUGACUGUAACAGUGUUUGUUGUGCGACUGUAAGGACACUGAUGUAGAGAGGGGAGCGUCUCUAAGUGUUUGAGUAUUUCUGUCUGCAUUUCAGUCUGAUAUCAACAAACAGGGAGUGUAGUGUUGAUUUACUCGUGCCGUUAGUCCUAAUGGAAGCAAAGCAACCCAACCACAAGACAGAGCUGCUCACAGCUAUAUUCCAUAUGACGACUCUGUGCUGAAAGAAGGCAUCGUUGGUAUUGUUGCAUCUCUGGUCUCCUCCUUCCUUUCUCCUCCUCUCCCCCUAUCUCUGAUUAUACAUCCCACCCCCUCUCCUCUCCACAAACGCACGUCGGACUGAGCAUCCCCUUCCCCGGCAUUAUGACCAACGAUUCUCCGGAGGAGGAGACCCGAGCCCCCGGUGGCGGCGGAGGAGGUGGUGGUGGUGGAAAAGGAAUCGCACGGAGGAACCGAGAGGACGACAAUGUCACCAUCCUAACAUCCUCCAUGGACUUACAACGAGCCAGCCGGGGCCGAGCGAGCAUCACUAACGAUGCCGCCCCGAGCCUCACAUCCUCCGUGGAUCUGAGCACCUCCUCCCUGGAGCUGAGCAUCCAGACCCGGAUCUUUAAGAUCAUCGUCAUCGGGGACUCCAACGUGGGGAAGACCUGCCUCACCUUUCGCUUCACCGGGGGCAGCUUCCCCGACAAGACCGAGGCCACCAUCGGCGUUGAUUUCAGGGAGAAGGCGGUGGAGAUUGAAGGGGAGACAAUCAAGGUGCAAGUUUGGGACACAGCUGGCCAGGAGCGUUUUCGUAAGUCCAUGGUAGAACACUACUACCGCAAUGUCCAUGCAGUGGUUUUUGUGUACGACGUCACCAAGAUGGCUUCCUUUCGCAAUUUACAGACAUGGAUUGAGGAGUGUAACGGCCAUCGCGUCUCAGCAUCAGUACCUCGAGUCCUGGUAGGAAACAAGUGUGACCUUGUGGACCAAAUACAGGUGCCUUCCAACACCGCGUUGAAGUUUGCUGAUGCCCACAACAUGCUGCUGUUUGAGACGUCAGCUAAGGACCCAAAGGAGAGUCAAAACGUCGACUCUAUCUUCAUGGCACUGGCCUGCCGCCUAAAAGCCCAGAAAUCCCUACUUUACAGAGAUGUGCAGAGAGAGAAUGGGAAAGUCCAACUCACACAAGAGACUGAAACAAAGAGUAAUUGUCCAUGUUGAGGAAACGGACAAGUGUGAGGCAUGAUAAAUGGAGAGAGAGAAGGAAAACUGUGCAUGUCAGAGUAGAGGAGAAGACGAAGAAUAAAUGAAGAAUGUCUUUUAUACCAAGGGUAACUUUUCUUGGUUAAGGAGGAGGAUUAGGGGCUGAGCCUGGAACUCAAAGCAUUGUGCUUCUAGAAGCUGAGGAUAUGGAGUUAUGAUUUUGCAAGGGACUGACAUAUCAAUAGACUUGUUCAUAGUGAUGGGGCAAUGAAGGAAUGUGGAUGUGGAGAUACAGAGAAAAUAGACACAUUUUUUAGGGGUAUGAUUAACAAUUCCAAAACUAUGUUGCCUUUUUUUGACUGCAGUAUAAACAAAUACAAUUUCAAUUCAUUUAUGGAUAUGUAGACACAUAAUAAAAUAUUUUCAGUCUGCCUAGAGUGAAGGAAAAUACUACACUUCAUAUGAAUCAUUUGGGUAUCCUCAAGAAAGGUUUUUUAUAUUAAGCCUUCUUCAGUUUGUUGUUUAUGAUAACACCCUUAUCGAUCUUCAACCGCAACUGAAAGCAGCAUUUCCCAACAUUUAUCUUCUGCCUUAAAAAGCUGGAUCUGUCUUGUUUAGGAGAAAUCAGUCUGGCAAAAUAAGCAUAGGCCCACUUGGGAUGAUCUCAUAUCUAAGAGUCAAAAUAUGGACUAUUGGACAGGAUGAAUGACACUCUUUUUGUCUCAUUUUUUUUAAUAUACAUAUAUAUAAAAAUCUAAGUCUAUACAUAUCUAAGUAGGUCCACCCUUCACAAGUAUAGCAGUUGACCCUUAAAUCACAGUGAAGCUGUUUUCACACAUGCACUAAACUCCUGAAAAUUUCACAACAUUUUCAGGGUGAGCUGCAUGUAUUUUUUAACCUGACUUUAUCCAGACUUUUUCCUGCCAGCCCCUGAGUUAAAUUCCAGCUUGUUUGAAAAAAGUAGAAAAUGUUCAGGAAAAAUCACUGUGGUUUAGCAGAUGGGGGGUAAAAUUGUGUAUAUCAUGCGAUCAGUUUGCGACCUGUGCGGUCAUCGUUAUAGAGCAGCUACAUACUCUUUUCAGCUCACCAGUAUGUUCCUUUCCGUCAUUCAUGAUACUGUGACUAUGACCAAAUACACGUAGCAUAGAUUUAGGGGCAAUUAUAGUGUUGAUCUCUGUCGCUUCAAGCUAUGAGGUAUGUGUGAAUAAGCAACUCAGGAAGAUAUCAGGUGCAGGCCUUCUUGAAAAUGUCUAGAAUUUUUUGCUGGAGUGCAUGUGUGAAAACUGAGACAUACCACAUGAACAAUGAGAAAACGUACCAAAAGGUUAAUGGGAUUUUUCUGAGGUAAGCUCAGAGGACCUAUGCAAGAAGAGCUUGGCAACAAGGUUUCCUGAAAAAGGGACCGGCUUGAGGGAAUCAGGCAUCAUUUCACAUAUUAUCUUAUAAGCUGUAAGUUCAUUUUACCCAUUGAACAAGAAAUGUCGAUGUCAUUCAGGGCACCUUUUGAUCUUGAUGUAAACAUGUGCUCUCCAUGCCUCUUAACAGAGUGGCUUAUCCAGGUUUCACUUUGUGGGGAAAUACAAAAAGAUUUAGCCUUUGCACAAUAUUUCAGUAUAUCCAGUAGGCCACAUUAACUCCCAAUUCAGUCAAAGUAACAGCUGUUUGUCUGUGCUUUCUACAUCAGUAUCACUGAGAUAUUACUCAAUAGUAGCCAAUUAACACGUCUUUUCCUCAUUUUGAAAGUAUAUUGGGAAAAUGCCGUUUUAAGGGAAAAUGUGCAGUAGAUGACUCCCCCAGAGGCCGCAGUUACAUGUUUGGCCACUAUGUCUAAUUGACUCCACAGCCCAGCAUAACACCUCGGAGCCUUGGUGUUCAGUUCACACUGGUUUCCUGAUGAAUUACAAUACAUAUACUUAAGCAAUCUAAACACUGUGCAAGUCCAAGUGAAAUUCAUAGAGCUUUAUCAGGUUGAGUUCAUUCUUCAUUUAAAUUUCUCAGUGUUACAUGGACAAAUAAGUGGCCAAAAGGACACAUGAAUUAGGAGUGAUGGGAGGCGGGAUCAUAUCCAAUUACAAUGUAUAUGAGAGAAGAGGUAAAACUCUACAACUGUGUACCUGCAAAAAAAAUAAUCUAUGGCUUUGUUUGAUAUUAGAUUAGCAUAACAUGACAUAUUAAUCACCAUUAUACAUGUAAGAAAGCUGGACAAGCUAAUUAAUAACAAGAAAAAUAAUAACAUGUCUAUAUGAUCUUCAUAAACUACCAGAUCUGAGUAUGAUAACAUUUAACUUUGAUGGAAAUUAUUGAAAAGAGGGAAGUGUUUGGUUAUCCUUGUUAUUAACAUGUAACAGUCAUUUUGAAAUCAUGACUCAUUGUGUUUUUAAAUGUAUAAUGCAAAUGUUUUCUCUUGCCUUCCUUUUUUUCUAUGUUUUGUUCAUAAAAAAUAUCUUGCUGUCAUUUUUGCAUUUUGUUCGUGUUAUUCUUAAAAUGCAAUGUUUACUGUUAAAGGGAUGCCUUAUCCAUUUCAAAUAUGGUCAGGUAUUUGUUGUGAUCUGUGAGACGUCUCAAUAUGGAAUGGAUAUAAAUGAAUCAGCAGAACACGAGGCCAGUAUGGGGAUGUGGUGCUUGUGUGGUCAGAGAGUCCUGAGAAGUUGUGCAGGAAGUUGAAAUAGUUGGGCUAGUUAAACAACAAAUACAUGGUGUGAGUUUAGUUUGAAAACUGUUAAGGUGAUUUCAGCUUGAAAUGGGAAUAUUUGCUGUUUUUCCGUGUCCUGUGUGAAAGUAUGCAGAAUAUAUUUUUACUUUGGAUUAUUGCACGAAAAAAAAAACUCUUUCCCCUCCACAACAGAAACAUUACGGUAUCAGAUUAAAGUUUACAGUGGAAAAAAACACAGUGCAAAACAAAAUCUAUAAUCAACUAAUUGGAAAUGUUGGUGAGUAAGAGACAAGAAAGUUGUAAACAGACCAUGCUUGAACAUAUUUUUAUGUUAUUUGUUUUUUUUUUAAAACGUGUUUAUCUUACUUUAUAUGAUUCUUCAACUAUUACAGUUUUAGUUUAUAAAUUUGUAUUUUUAAUUCCAUCACAAAAGUUUAACAAAGCCCGUCUCUGAAUUAGGUUAUGUUCCAAGACAAUCUACAGGAACCUGUGUGAACUUUUUUUUUGAUGGAUAGAUGGUUUAUUUAUUUAUUUCAGAUCAUUAGAAUUAAUAUGGCUCUGUUUUUGCUCUUUUUGCACAGCAGCUCUUGCUCGCUGACUUUUCAGCUUCAAGGAUGCUUCUUGACCGACAUCUGAUCCUCAUACAGUAUUGAAUCUAGUCUCAUCUUCAAAACAUUUAGUUUAAAAUAAAUACGUCAAGUUUCUCCUUAAAAAAAAACGCCUUAACACUCAUCUUACUAUAUUUUACUUUCUUGUCUGAAUUUUAUGAGGAUAGCUAAAUCUGAGUUGACCGUUUUUGGUUGUGAAUUUUCUGUUGUUUCAAAUUGACAAUUUGUGUGCCUAUGAGUUUACUAUUGUUCUCUACUGUAUCAGAUUUUCAAUAAUAUAAUUCACUUGUAACGUUGUCGUCAUUACAAUCUCACAGACUUCUGAUAAAACUGCUGAAGUAAU